UCCACUUUAACCACUUGCCCUCCGCCUACUGUUUUUAAACAGCAGGGCGGUGGCACUCCAGGGGCGGGUUGCGCGCGCAGCACCGUGAUCCGGUGCCCGCUGUGUCCUCCGGACACAGUGAAACACCGAUCGUCAGACGGGACCUCUGUACGAGGUCCCGAUCAUGUGAUCACUGAUUGGCCAAUCAGUGAUCACAUGCAAAGUAGUAAGCAAGAUGUCACUUGUGACAUCAUUGCUUACUACGUGUGAAAUCUGUGAAUGAUCACAGAGGUCACAUGGUACAAGGC